CCCUCUCAUGCCUUCUCCACUUCAGUUCUCUAUACAGCCACAUCACCAGAUAAGAAAAACUAAUAUAAAAACUAAGGUAUUUGACGCCAUAGCAGCGUGUCGGGUGUCGGUGGUCAGAUUACGGGUUUGCGAUCAAUGUCCGCCGUCGGCGACACCGUAACAUCGACUAGCAUUCUUUUCUACCUGACUUCCGCGUUACAUCGGGCACGUGCAUACUGUUUACUGCAGUAACCGGUCAAACUACACAGAAAAAUGAUUAACAUGUGUUUAUUUCAUAUACGUUAAUAAAUAAAUGAAAGUACAAUUAAAAAUUAUUUGAUCGAUGAAUAUUAACUCUUUAAAAUGGGUUCGCGUAAACAUAUUGACAGUGUUUUUGGUAAAGUGGAUGAAAAGAAACACGAGAAAGUUGCACAGACUAUUGAGAACAAGUGGAAAUUAGUUCCAGCCUUUUUAAAAUGUAAAGGGCUUGUAAAGCAGCAUAUUGACUCUUUUAAUUAUUUUAUAAAUGUUGAUAUAAAGAAAAUUGUGAAGGCAAAUGAAAGAAUUUACAGUGAAUCUGAUCCGUCAUUCUAUGUAAAAUAUUUAAAUGUUUCUAUUGGUACUCCUGAUGUUGGAGAAAAUUUUACUAUCACUCGUCCAAUGACACCUCAUGAAUGUCGUUUGAGAGAUUUAAACUAUUCAGCUCCAAUCUCAGUAGAUAUUGAAUACACGAGGGGACACCAACUAAUAAUUAAGAAUAAUUUAUUAAUUGGAAGAAUGCCUAUUAUGUUGAGAAGCUCUAACUGUGUUUUGGCAAAUAAAUCUAACUUUGAAUUAGCAAAGAUGAAUGAGUGUCCACAUGACCCUGGUGGUUAUUUUAUAAUUAAUGGACAAGAAAAAGUGAUAUUGAUUCAAGAACAAAUGCUCAGAAAUAGAAUCAUAUUAGAAGAAGAUACCAAGCAUUGCAUUGUUGCAACAUGUAAUAGUGCUACUCAAGAAAGAAAGACCAAGACAAAUGUUAUUGGAAGAGGAAAUAAAUAUUACUUGCGUCAUAACAGCUUUCAAGAUGAUAUUCCAGUCAUUAUCAUAUUCAAAGCCAUGGGAAUAAUUUGUGAUCAGGAAAUAGUACAGCUUAUUGGUACAGAAGAAAAUUUUAUGAAAAAAAUAGCAGAAAGUCUUGAGGAAUGUCACACCCUUGGCAUCUUUGCACAAAAUCAAGCUCUCAAGUAUUUGUCAACUAAGAAGAAGCCACGAAAAGGCUUUACUGCAGCCAAAGGAAGCAUUAUUGAUGAAAUGAAAGAUAUUUUGGCUUCCAAUGUCUUAAAUCAUGUUCCUGUAAUAGAUUUUAAUUUCAAACUGAAAGCCACAUAUCUCGCAUUGAUGAUCAGAAAAGUCAUGAUUACACAAAUAGAUGGAAAACUAAUAGACGAUAGAGAUUAUUAUGGUAAUAAAAGAUUAGAGUUGGCUGGUUCAUUGCUUGCUCUAAUGUUUGAAGAUUUAUUUAAAAGAUUUAAUGCUGAGUUGACAAAAAUUGCAAACAAAAACAUACCAAAAAUCAAAGCUGCUCAAUUUGACAUUCUCAAGCAUAUGAGACAUGAUGUAAUAACUAAUGGAUUGGCUUGUGCAAUAUCUUCUGGAAACUGGACUAUUAAAAGAUUUAGAAUGGAAAGACACGGUGUGACUCAAGUGCUUUCUCGUUUAUCUUAUAUUUCUGCUUUGGGUAUGAUGACCAGAGUAAAUUCUCAAUUUGAAAAAACGCGAAAAGUAUCAGGUCCUAGGUCACUGCAACCUUCACAAUGGGGAAUGCUUUGUCCCAGUGAUACUCCAGAAGGAGAGGGUUGUGGUCUAGUGAAAAAUUUAGCUUUAAUGACGCAUAUAACAACUGAAAUAGAAGAAGCACCAAUAAUGAGACUGGCUUUCAAUCUUGGUGUAGAAAAUGUAAAUAUUUUAGGUGGUGAAGAAAUUAAUAAUAAAGAUGUUUAUGUGGUCUUCUUAAAUGGUAAUAUAUUAGGCAUUGUAAAAAAUUAUCAUAGGUUAGUUAAAGUUUUCCGAAUGUUAAGGCGAAAAGGUUUAGUUAAUUAUUUUGUAUCGAUAUACCCUCAACAUCAGCACAGAUGUGUACAAAUAAGUUCUGAUGGUGGAAGAUUAUGCAGGCCAUACAUCAUUGUAGAAGGUGGUCAGCCUUUAGUUAAACCUGAACAUAUAACACUGUUAGAUCAAGGAGUUAGGAGUUUUGAAGAUUUUUUACAUGAUGGUCUGAUAGAAUACCUUGAUGUAAAUGAGGAAAACGACAGUUUAAUUGCAUUCAAUGAAUCGCAUAUAAAUGAGCAGACAACUCAUUUGGAAAUAGAACCUUUUACACUGCUCGGCGUUUGCGCAGGUCUGGUACCUUAUCCUCAUCAUAAUCAAAGUCCGAGAAAUACGUAUCAAUGUGCUAUGGGCAAACAAGCGAUGGGUACUAUUGGUUACAAUCAAAAGAACAGGAUUGACACUUUGAUGUACAAUUUGGUUUAUCCUCACGCGCCUAUGGUAAAAACUAGAACAAUUGAAAUGAUCAAUUUUGAUAAGUUACCUGCUGGUCAGAAUGCGAUUGUCGCAGUAAUGUCGUAUAGUGGCUACGAUAUCGAGGAUGCUUUGAUAUUAAAUAAAGCAUCCAUCGAUAGAGGAUACGGUAGAUGUUUGGUGUACAGAAAUGCAAAAUGUAUUUUGAAGAAGCACGGGUCUCAGGCGAGUGACAGAAUCAUGGGCCCUAUGAUUGAUGCGACGACGAAGAAGCCCAUUUGGAAGCAUGAAGUGAUAGACGUUGACGGGAUUGCGGCUCCCGGUGAAAUGGUGGAGAAUAGAAAGAUAUUAGUGAACAAAUCUAGCCCGUCCAAUGUUAAUAACAGUACUCCUAUUCCGAGUAUGGGAAAUCAAACACAGACAGAAUAUAGGGAGGUGCCAGUUGUCUACAAAAAUCCAGUUCCAGCUUAUGUAGAAAAAGUCAUGAUCUCGAGUAAUGCUGACGACGCUUACUUGAUCAAACUCCUCUUACGACAGACAAGAAGACCGGAAAUCGGCGAUAAAUUUAGUAGUCGUCAUGGACAAAAGGGUGUUACAGGAUUGAUUGUCGAGCAAGAAGAUAUGCCAUUUAAUGAUUUUGGAAUUUGUCCCGACAUGAUUAUGAAUCCUCAUGGAUUUCCGUCCCGCAUGACAGUUGGCAAAUUAAUCGAAUUGCUUGCAGGAAAAGCUGGCCUUCUCAAGGGAAAAUUUCAUUAUGGAACUGCUUUUGGUGGGUCGAAAGUGGAAGACAUUUGCGAAGAAUUGGCAAGUCAAGGCUUCAAUUACAUGGGAAAAGAUAUAUUCUACUCUGGUAUAACUGGAGAACCAUUGCAAGCGUAUAUUUAUUCUGGGCCUGUAUAUUAUCAAAAACUCAAACACAUGGUGCAAGACAAAAUGCACGCUCGGGCUCGCGGUCCCCGGGCAGUACUGACACGUCAACCAACGGAAGGUCGAUCUAAAGACGGUGGUUUGAGAUUGGGAGAGAUGGAGAGAGAUUGCUUGAUUGGAUAUGGAGCCAGUAUGAUGCUGAUUGAAAGGUUGAUGUUGUCGAGUGAUGCGUUUGACGUAGAUGUGUGUAACAAAUGUGGAUUAAUGGGCUACAGUGGAUACUGUCACAGCUGCAGGUCUAGUGCAUGUGUCUCCACUAUAACCAUGCCCUAUGCUUGUAAAUUACUAUUCCAAGAAUUACAGUCUAUGAAUAUUGUACCUAGAUUAACUCUUAAGAACUAUUGCGACUAA